UUAUGAAGCAGCUGCCGGCGCGGGGAGCCGCACUGCGAGCUCCUCGCCCGGGUCCCUGCUCUCUCUGCUGUGCCUGCCCGCCCGCCCGCGCCCACCAUGGCCGACCUUCAGCAGCUGCAAGGAAGAUGGCGCCUGGUGGACAGCAAAGGCUUUGAAGAUUACAUGAAGGAAGUAGGUGUGGGAAUGGCUCUGCGGAAAAUGGGUGCAAUGGCCAAACCAGAUUGUAUUAUCACUUGUGAUGGGAAGAACCUCACCGUAAAAACUGAGAGCACUUUAAAAACAACACAGUUUUCUUGUACCCUGGGAGAAAAGUUCGAAGAAACUACAGCUGACGGAAGAAAAACUCAGACUGUCUGCGACUUUAAGGAUGGUGCGUUGGUUCAACAUCAAGAAUGGGAUGGGAAAGAAAGCACAAUAACAAGAAAACUGCAAGAUGGAAAAUUAGUGGUGGACUGUGUCAUGAAUAAUGUCACCUGUACUCGAGUCUAUGAGAAAGUAGAAUAAAAAUUCCAUCAUCACUUCAGACAGGAAUUAGCUGCGAGGAUGAACAAGCUCAGUUCAAUGAGCAAAUCUCCAUACUACUUUUUUUUUUUCAUUACUGUGUUCAAUUACCUUUAUCGCAAACAUUUUACAUACAACUAUUUCCAAGUGUUGAUUUAAUUAGGAUCAUCCCUUUGGUUAGUAAAUAAAUGUGUUUGUGCUAAUA